GUCACGGAGCAGGUGAUCGCAUCCUGAGCGUGACGGUGAGCUUCAGUCACAUGGUGUUCGAGGACGCCCUCACGAUCCUCUCCUACGCGUCGCCCUACGAGGUGCGGCUGGAACUGGAGAGGGGACCCGGGGAUCCCCUGCUGGGGAGCCAUUCCCUCAAGAGGUCCUCUGGGAGCUAUGCCGCCGCCGCUGCGGCCGCUGCCGCCGGUGGAUCCCAGGCUGGCCUGGGGUCCGGUUUGGGACUGGACCGACUCUGCCAUCCUUUCUACCGAUCUCAGUCCAUCGACGACCUCACUCGGAUCGGGAAGGAGAGCCUGAGCGCAGUGCAGAAGAGAGAAGAGGUGAAGAGCGAGGGGAGCGGACGAGGGAGCCUGAACGAGAAGCUCCUCUCACGAGUGAACUGGGAGAACGAGCACCAGCAGGCGAAGGCCACGCCCGUCAAAUCCGCCCGGGUGAAGGCGAACCCGUCGGAGAAGUCCCCGGAGUCCCGGAUCAGCCGGAUCGGGGUGAAGGUCCUCCCAGACGCGCCCGACGGCCCCGCCCCCCAGAAGGAGCCCGAGAACGUGGAGGCCAUCGUGAGCAUCUCCGAGGAGACGGAGGAGCGCGACAAGAAGAAAAAGUUCCACCUGAAGAUGCCGAAAUUCAUGAAGGAGCCCGGGGGAGCCCCGCAGGGGAGCCUCGAGGAGAAGCAGCCCUCGACCUCUGCCAGCGUCGUGGCCGGCCUCAAGGGCUUCAAGGACAGAGUCCAGUCCAGCUUCAAGAAGUUCACCGCGGAGCACGGCGAAGGGAACGCGAAAGAGAAGAAAGAGGGUGACGCCGAUGAGGAUGAGGACAAGGAAAAGGGGAAAGAGCCGGAGGUGAAAGAGGAAAAGAAGGAGAAAGAGGAAAAGAAAGAGAAAGAGAAUGAGGAAGCAAAGAAGGAGAAGGAGAUGAAGAAGGAAAAGGAGAGGGAGAAGGAGAAAGAGAAAGAGAAAGAAAAGGAAAAGGAAAAAGAGAAGGAAAAGGAAAAAGAAAAG